GCAGAUAGACAUUUCAAAGGUUCGUCUCCACAAGAUGUUCGUCUCGGCCCGGGUCAAUAGAGAAACAAAGGAAACAAAAACAGCAAGGAGAGGAAUGACCCAGAGAGAGCAAGAGGGGAAAGAGCGAGAGAAUGUAAACAAGAUGAUAUCAGGCCUCCCGACCUCCGCCCUAACGACGCAGCGGCCAGUGGGUCCGCCAGUGGACGGCUCGCAGCCUCCCGGGCGCGAAGUUUCCUCUGUGUUCAGCUUCCUCUGGAAAGGCAAAACCGAAGCACUUCCGCGCCGUCGAAGGUAUGGCAGGCGUGGCACUGGCACUGCUCUGCGCCGCCGCCUGGGCUGUCUCAGGAGAGGCUCCGGCCGGCGUGCCCCGGGAGGAGGACCUGCGCCCCGCGAUCCUGUUCAAUCAGCUGGCACUCGCGCAGGUGCUGGAGCUGCUCGGCGGAGCGAAUGCCACGGCGCAGGAGCAGCUGGACCGAGUGCCGAGUGCCACGGGUGCCAAGCUGGACGCCCUCAGGGAAGAUUUCCUGCAAGUGCGUUCGCUGCUGGAUGCAAUGUCGCAGAGCAUCUCAUUGCAUGUGCAACACGAUGACGUCAUGCAGGAGGGGGCGACCGCGGAGGCCAAGUGGCUGAGGAGAGCACUCGCUCAGGACGUCGAGCUGGAGGCCCUCGAGCAAGAGCGGGACCGGACUUCCGCUGAGCUUCAGAUGCGGCGCGACGAAGCUCGAGAGCUGCAGGCGGACGCCGACGCUGACUCUGCCGACGUCCAGAAGCUGGAAACGGAGGCGCGAGAGCGGACAGCCCGCAUUCACGCCCUGGAGCAAGAGCUUCAGGAGCUGCGUGUACUGGUCAACAUCACAGAGGAUUCAAAUGCAGGUCUUGCAUCACAAAGAGACGCUCUCCUCGCUGAGGAAAACAACGCACGGGGCCACUAUGUCAUCAAGGAGGUGGCGAGGGCUCAGGCAGCAGAGGAGCUGGAGGUUCUCGGCGCCACAAAAGACGAAACCCUAAGGAACAUCAGCCGGCUGGCGGGCGACGAGGAUCAGCUGAAGGAGAGGCUUUCGCUCUCUGAGGGAAAGAGGACUGCUAUUCAGGAGGAAAUCAGGUUGCUGGACACCACGGUGAAGGUCGAACAGGACGAGACCAGGAGGCGAGAAGCAGAGGUGUCUGGCUUGAGGGGGAGGGUCCAGAGGAGGGAGAGCCAGUCUUUCCAGCUGCUCCUCCAAAGCAGAACUCUGGAACAGGACAGAGAUAGCGCCAACCUGACAGCGAUGGCACUGAUUUCUGAAAACGAUCAACUGAGAGACAGAAUAACGAAUAUCGAUCGCAUCUGCAAUGCCUGAGGCGAUCUUUCUUCAGAUCCUGGAUUGGGAUAACAUGCAGUUUACUUUAACUUACUGCUUAAAAUAAUUACUAUUUAAUGUAUGCCUUUCCAUUUAUUCACAUAAUCAUUUUCAAAUGUAAUCAUAUUAUUUGCUCCCAACAGACAGGGGAACCUGCGCUGCAAUCACACACUUCUUGGAGGAAGGAAACCAACGCAGAACUCGCCAGAUCGAGCGCCUCCGUCGAGCCAUUCCAGAGUUAGGAUCCCAACACGCUCAGCUGGAGGAGGAGAUCCGCCGAUUCAAAGCAGAGAGGCAACUGCUACAAGAACAGCGGCUCCAACUGCAAGCCUCGAACUCGCAGCUGAGACAGGGCGAAGAGGGAGCGCAGCUGGAGAGCCUUGAACUCAAGGCGAGGCUCCAGAACGCGAAGGACGAAGCCAGGCACCUGGAGGACGAGGUGAGACGCGCCCAACGGGAGACCCGCCUCUCCGAGCUCAAGACGCAACACACAGAACAGCUGGUCAGUCAACUCACAGGUCAGGUCGCACUCCUCAGCCAGGUCAUGACCUACCUAGAGCAGUUCGAGGGGCGGUUGUAUGAAGUGAAGGACUCGCUCGUUGGGGAUGUAAGUGCCAUAGAAGAGGACAAUGCAAAGUUAGAGAAAGAGAAAAGGAACCUGCAAAAGAGCCUCAGCCUCACGCAGGGACGAGGGAAGGAAUUGGCAGAGGAGAAGAACAAACUCGCCCAGACGCUGACGUCACUCGACGCAGAUGAACGCGACCUCAACGCCAGGAUUCAACAGAAUGUCGACGAGAAGCACCUUCUGCUGGAAGAAAUCGAAGCGUUGAAGGCAGAGAACAAACAGUUGAAGGAAGAGCUGAAUCAAAAACAAAGCAGCAUAAUAUUUUGUGAAUGAAAGAAGUUUAAUCGUUUGUAGCUUCCAUCCUUGUUUCAAACGUAUUGAGAAUAUGUAUAUGUAUUACUGAUUGCUUAUUUGAGAAUGAAAAAUGUUCAGUCCGAGGUAAAGACCAGACUAACUGAUAAUGACCCAGAGAAGUCCCUUCAACUUUUUUUUUCAGAGAAUGAAACUGACUUUGACAAAUAAGUAAAAACCACUAAACAGAUUAGGAAGGCAAAAUGUAGUUUCACUACCCGUGAUCUCCACAGGUAGUGAAACUAAAUAUCUUAUGCCAAUCUGAAAGAGGCUUAAACUUCAAUUCAGCUCAAAAGUUCUUUUAUGCACCUUUUGCCUUGGUUUCAAACUAGUAGUUUUUAAUAAGAAUUGUCCUGUAGUGUUCAUACUAAUGAUAUUGUUCAUGUUGAGGCUAAUAAUGAUCUGUUUUACAAUUGCUAUAUUUAACCGUAAUUGCAGGAGUAAAGUCUUUGAUUUCA